GCAGUCAGCUUACAGAUCAGCUUUCUUCCCUUUUCCUCUAAAUAUUUUCAUCAAUCUGUGAAAAGCAAAACACCAAAGGUGAGUGACGCUUCUUUACAGAUCAGCAGGAACACAACUUGUAGAAUUAUGUGGUUGUCAUUUUUAAUGAUGAUAAUGGACUGAUUCAGCAGUGUGUUGAUGUUCCCGAACAGAAACAUGGUUGGGAAGUCCCUGAUUGCUGGCGUGGUGGUCCUUCUAGUGGCUGCAGUGAGUCUCUUCCUGGGGGUAUUCAUGGCUUUUGGAAAGAAAAACGCGCCUCCCUCUUCAGACCACUUCUACUCAAAGGCGGCAGUGGCAGCUGAUGCUGGAAAGUGUUCAGAAGUUGGGAGGGACAUUUUGAAGAAAAACGGCUCAGCUGUGGAUGCCUCUAUUGCUGCUUUACUGUGUGUUGGUCUUUUGAACGCCCACAGCAUGGGCAUCGGAGGAGGGCUUUUCUUUGUCAUCUACAACGCUUCCACAGGGAAAGUGGAAACAAUUGAUGCAAGGGAAACAGCACCUAUGAAUGCCACCGAAGACAUGUUUGGGAACAACACAAAGCUUUCUCGCACAGGUGGAUUGUCUAUAGCCAUUCCAGGGGAGAUCCGGGGUUAUGAGAUGGCACACAAAAGACAUGGAAGACUUCCAUGGAAAGAGUUGUUUGAGCCCAGCAUCGCUUUGGCCCGCGAUGGUUUUCCCAUAGGAAAAGCCUUGGCUCAUGCCCUCUUUAAGAGCAAAGAUUCCAUUCAAAGGAAUGCCAACAUGUGUGAGGUGUUUUGUGACUCUGAAAACAACAUCUUGAAGGAGAAUGACAUCGUUAGGUUCCCAAAGCUCGCUGACACAUAUCAGAGAAUAGCAGAAGAAGGCCCUGAUGUGUUUUAUAAUGGGACAAUGGCGAGGAGCAUCGUCGAGGACAUCCAGGCAGCAGGUGGCAUUAUAACCCUCGAUGACUUGCUGGAGUACCAGCCGGUGCUGAAUGAGAACCCUCUUAAGCUGAACAUUGGGGAAUACACCAUCCACAUCCCGGACGCCCCCUCCAGCGGGCCCGUGCUGGCGCUCAUACUCAACAUAGUGGACGGGUACAAUUUCUCAGACACUAGUGUCUCCACAGCAGAGAAAAAGACUCUGACGUACCAUCGGAUUGUAGAAGCUUUUCGAUUUGCUUAUGCCAAGAGGAGCAGACUGGGGGAUCCAAGAUAUCUCAACAUUACCGAUCUGAUCCAUAACAUGACCUCAGACUACUUUGCUGAUGGCAUAAGGAAUAAAAUUACAGAUGACACCACCCAUCCAGACACCUACUAUGAGCCUGACUAUUUUGUCCCAGAAAACCAUGGCACGGCACAUCUGUCUGUCAUAGCUGAGGAUGGGAGCGCCGUUGCAGCCACCAGCACCAUUAAUCUAUACUUUGGGUCUAAAGUCAUGUCUCGAUCUACUGGGAUCAUUUUCAACGAUGAAAUGGAUGAUUUUAGCUCCCCGUACAUGACCAAUGGAUUUGGAAUCCCACCGUCACCCAACAACUUCAUCCAACCAGGAAAAAGGCCGCUCUCAUCCAUGUGUCCCACCAUCAUAUUUGAUAAAGAAAACAGAGUGAAGAUGGUCGUAGGAGCCUCAGGGGGCACAAAAAUCACCACAGCUACUGCCUUAGUCAUCCUGAACUCGCUGUUCUUCAACUAUGACCUGAAGAAAGCUGUGAUGGAACCACGAGUUCACAACCAGCUGAACCCAAACAUGACUGUGGUCGAGCAGGGCUUUGAAAAGAGUGUUCUGGAUGGACUGGUCCAGAAAAACCAUGUGACCCAGCUGCUGGGGACUCCAGACUCCGUGGUCCAGGCUGUGGUAAGGCAGGGAGAGCGUUUAUGUGCAGAGUCUGACCCCAGGAAAGGAGGCUACCCAGCUGGAUACUGAACUGCCCUUCAUGCUCCUUUGUGAUUCCUCAAAGACAUUCAGACAGAAACGCGGUUCAAAGGAAUCGACGCUGAAGACUCCAGCUAUCUUUCAAAAACGGAGAUACGGACAACACUUUUUCUGGUGCCCAAGCAUGGAAUUCCCCAUAUUUCAGUGCUUAUUUGCCCAAACUGGAUAAGUUAAUUUCCCCCCUUUUUUUUCAGUACCGUAGUUUUAAGUUAAAGCAAAAGGUUGCACAUUGACUUUUGCAUCAUCACUCAGAAGAAAGACUGAACAAGAAACCAUCUUUAUCAAAAACAUAUCCAGUUUAGGAAUUUUAAGAAAUUAAUGUCAGACAGUUCUGAAAUUGGAUUAAAUAUGCCACAAUUCAGGUAUUUAAACAUGGAUCUAGAGAAUCUGGGGUUGUUGUCCAUGAUAUUUUGUGAGGAAAACUAGUUAUUUCUUUGAAACUGUGUUUAGAAAAGAAAAGUUUGUUUUCAUGUCAGAUAAGCCACCAAUAAAAAGCAGGAAAAGAAAGCAGGUACGUCUAAUAUUCAAAAUAUGAACAUUUUUAGGUUGUUUACCUUUUUUAAACAGACAGUCUGUGUGUUUUCUUUUAGGAUUCCACGGCUUAACUUUCCAUUUUUAAUGUUUAAUAUGGAGUAGAGGUCAAGUGAAUGUAAGGUGUACUCCGAAAAAUGCAUUUGCAGAUAUAUUUUUCUAAACAUGCAUUGUUCUCAUGUUUGAUGUCAUGCUUGUUAUUAAACAUUUGGAAAAAAAUAUCGUUUAUUAAAGAAAUUGUGUUAUUUUGUGCAGGACUAGUUGACGUAAAAUCUA